AUGGAGAGGUGGGAUCCAGUCGCCGGCUGCGGGGCUGCGGGGUCCGCGGCGGCCUCGGCUCCCGCCCGGCGCCCCGCGGGGCCCCACCGCCGCCCGGCUCGGGCCGCGCCGCGGCCGCCUCCGGAGCCCGCGGGGAGCCCGGCGGGCGGGAGAGCCCGGAAGGAGCCCGGGGCGCCGAGGCCCCCGCCGGCGCCCACGGCUCCCGCCCUCCCGCCGCCGCGCCCGGCCUGCUCGGGCGCCUGCAGCCCGCGGUUCCGAGGCGCCUGGGUCUGCAACGCGAGCGCCUCCCUGCAGCCCCGCGCGCGGAGCCCGGCAGCGCCUAACGGACUCCAGCGGCGGCCGGGCCGCCCGCCGCCUCCUGCGCCGCAGCCUCCGGGUUCGGGACCAGGAGACUGCGGCCCCACGCCGACCCUAGCCCAGGGCAGCUCGGUGCCUGCAGCAGUGCCUGCCGCAGGGUCUGCAGCAGCAGGACGCAGAGGCCAGCCCCGCACAGGGCCCAGGAAGAAGACUGUCCUGCCUCCUUGGCUGCUCGGUCACUCCAGCCCUGGUACAAGGAUGGGGAACUCGUUGCUGCAAAUUUCCACCAAGCUCUUCAAGCUACCUGAACCCUCUCUGAAAGUGCGAGUGGCUGCGUCGGGCGGUGGUGGCUCCGAGGAAGAGGCCGGUGCUGGCUGCGGUCUGGGUACCCACUCUGGGUGGAACCCGGAGGUAGUAACGUUGUCUAUAUAUACCCUGUAGAACCGAAUUUGUGUGGUA